AUCUUCACCUGUGUCUUGAGAGAGAAAUCGAAACCCUCGUCUGUGUCCCUGACCUUCAACUUGACCGACGAGCCUACCAACAGAAUUCGCGUCCUCUACCCUAAACCUUUUCAGCGAAAUUUCACCGUGUGCCACGCUGCAUUGUUCAACUUCAACAAUCCGAAACAAAUCAUCAAUUCUUUUGAAAUCAACCGAGUGCUCGGGGCCCAGCAUUUCUACGUGUACAACCUCAGCGUCUCCAACACGACGGACGCCGUGCUGCGUCACUACCAGAGACUCGGACUCCUCACCGUCAUGCCCUGGCGACUUCCGGCUUCGGGGGUUUGGUACCACGGUCAGCUCCUGGCCAUCAACGACUGCGUGUACAGGAACAGACACGCGUCCCAAUUUGUCGUCAUCCACGACACGGACGAGUACAUCAUUCCGGAAGUUCACGGUUCUUGGGCGGAAGUCCUCAGGGCCGCAGAAGACGAUUACUUCAAAAAUGGGACGAAGGCAAGAAAUAUAAAAAAUGUUGGUUCCUUUAUUUUCCAGAGCUCAUUCUACUACAACACGUCUGAUAAACUCUGGGGAUCCAUCAAAAGAGACGCCUCGAUGACAGCAGACGAGGAGGCAUUUCUGACCAAGCACGGCGUAUUUCCAUUUAUUCACACCUUAAGAGACGGAAACAUCUUCAAUCUCUUUGAGAGAAGCAAAGCCAUCGUUAGACCGGAAUCGGUCAUCCAAGCGGGGAUCCACUCCGUGGACGUGCAGAGGACAUCAGCCGGGACAGCCGUUGUGAGUCGGUCCCUGGCCGCACUACACCACUAUCGAUAUUUUCCAAACACCAAC